CAACAUACAGUAGCAUAAAAGAUAUUCUAUCAAUGUUAAAGUCAUCAAAUAAAAAUUGUCAGUGAUGACAUAUGAAGACAACUUUUCAUUGGUAGUUUUGCCAUUGAAUUCAUUGUCAAAAAUAAACUAGUGGUUUUUUUUUUCCUUCUAUUUUAACAUUAAUUGCGUGAAAUUUUUCAUGGCUUAUUUUUAUUAUGGUUGAUGCAAGCUUCAAUUAUGGCGCUUUCAGAGACCAGAAGACUUGUGGGCUAUCCACUCCCAGCCGGUCUUCCCAAGGCCUCACAAGAAGGACAGCUCUUCUUGGCUAGCAAUACAAAAGUUAUAACAGUUUGUUUUCAUUUACUUACUAAGCUCUUAGUGCCUUUUAGAGACAUCACUGCAACUGGCAAAAGAAUUGGACUAAAUGAUUUCAACCCCAUACGUCCUUUGGGAUGCGGAGAUACUGGCAGUGUUCAUCUGGUGGAACUGAAAGGUACAGGUGAACUGUAUGCUAUGAAGGCUAUGGAUAAAUCCAUGAUAUUGAAUCGUAACAAGGUCUGA